CUUGUAUCGGUGUUCUGGAGUUUAGCUGUAUGGCAUGAUGGACAAAUCUUCGCAGAAGCAGAUCGACAGCCAGAGCGUCUCUACUGCUGGGAACCAUUAAAAUGAAUUGAAAAACAUGCAAAUGCAGCGUUUCCAAACCAGACAUGCAUCACCCGUACCCGCAUAAGUAGCACGCAGGUAAAAUCUAUUCGUGGCCCCCGGGUUUUGACCAGACCACACCGACCCUUCGACACUUCGGAUCCGAGAAAGCAGGUACCGCCUGGCAAGUGGUCAGCACGCAGCGUUUGCAUCUAUCACGAGUUUUCCCCAGCACUUUACCGGCAACAGGCCUUGUCGGUCAACUGGUCUAUGUUUCUCUCGUUUCACGGUUCAUCAACGCUUGAAGGCGGGUGCUUGACUGCCUCUCUUAAUCCUUCCCCUGUGUGAACUCUUCCUGCGAAUGUACUCCGUCCCAUUCAAGAUCUUUCGUUUUCUAUCGGAGCACUGGAUACUCGCGUCCGCUGUCUCACGCACACGCAUGGACGGUUCCCGCAGCUCUCCUUUUUCACCUGAGUUCUGCCACCAUUCAAACUCUCUGCUCUCUGCGGCAGAAACAAAUCUGCUGCUUGCUUCAUCAGGCUGCUCCACCUGUGGCGCUCUCAGUGGACCCAGAUACGGAGUGUGUACACUGAAAGCGGUGGGCGGCACGACGGGUGACAGCGGGUGUCUCAUUUGCUUUAUUCUUGACAGGGGGCCGCCUGCCCGUAUACCUUCUCCGAUUUGACGCUGCGGAGGCUUCGAAAUGACGCAUUUUUCCCGGUCACCCUGCCCCGCCGUCCUUGUUUGCCUCAAGCACAAAACAGGAACUGGGUCGACGGGCGACCUCCAGACGAAGCUCGGCUUUACGGUGUCUGACAGGAGGCUUCCACUCUGCAGUUCUGAAGAAGAUCCGCAGAGCGGAAAGGCUCGAGACCCAGACGAAACAGGGGCAUCUAGAGGAAAAGAGAUAGUCGCGGGAAACGGAGACGAAGGAAAUGAGCGGGGGUUAGAGUCCAGGACUGAGGCGGACAGGCGAAGACUUAGAGGCCAGGAAAAAGUGUGAGCAGAGGGGAGUUCAGGGACCGAUGGAGAAGGCGACGAAGAAAAGGUCCGACAGCUAGACGAGGGGAAAUAAACGACGGUGGAGCGAUGACGCCUGGGGGAACGAAGGGUGUCGGUCGGUGGAAGCAGAUGGCUGGGCAGCAAGGGCGAGUCCCAAACCGGUUGGCCCACAGGAGGAGAGGAGUUUUGACUUCGUCGCGAAGAACAACCAGGCGAAAGACGCGCGCGCCGGACUCUGAGAAAUUGGCGUGAGAAGGGGAAACUUUCCAUGGGUUGCUCCACGGGGGCUCCUCUGAGGGAAGCCCCGCAGCGUGAGAGCGCCAUCGAGGGCUGUUGGAAAGGUGGAAAUGUGGAAGUGGUUGGUGUAAGAAGACCGAGAGGAACGACUUUCUGCAUGCUUCGAUUCAAACGCACAACCAGCGAAAUCGGCGCCGCAGAUGGUGCGCCAAGCCUCGCGAGAAGACAUGCGUUCGGAAUCGCGAGGUCUGGGAGGGAUGCACCUUUGUACGCCCGCGUUAGAAAAUGCGACAUUCGCUUCGGAGCGCCGGUUCUGAAACAAAAAUUUGAAACAAAUCUGCAUCUAGGUUUCACAGACCCUUCUGUUUUUCUACCGGGACGAGACGGACUUGCUUCUCUCGGUUGCGCAUGCAGAAGCGCUGAACGCUCGUCCCCCCAGCUGACAUUUCACUUUCUUCGUCCCUGUCCUGGGAAAACGUUCUGUCAGACUUUUAACACCAUGGAACAGUGAGAGUUGUGGAUUCGGGGUUAGGGUUGUGCUAGGCCGGACAAGGUAUUUUUCCGCGUCAAGCAUCGAGGAGUUCUGUCAGGCAGGCGUGAUGUUUUGGUUCUGCCGCGAACCGCGGAGAAUCGAGAUAGAAUCCAGCAGGAGCUUUGCAGAAAAAUACGCAGUGAAGCUCUUUGUCUCUGCCUCGAGGUCCUCCGCGUCUCUCGACUUCAUCUGCCGCAUUCCCGCCGCCCUCUUCGCGUCACUUGAAUCUCCUUUGUCUGCGUCCUCGCCAGGCACACCGAGAAUCGUGGUGGUUCGUCUGCCAGCACAAAUCGUCCUGGCUGCCUUUUCCUGCAUCGGCGGACGGCUAGUUGCGAAGCGAAAGCGGUGCAUUCGUGGAAUUUCGAGAGAGAAGACUGGCGCAGAUCUUUGCUUGUGUUCCGUCUCUUCAGCGUCUGUCUCCUCUUCCACUUCACCAGUCGUGUGUGUCUCGCGGUAGAGGACCCAACAGUUGGAGGAGAGGGACGGAGCCAACUUUCCGUCUCAUUUACAACGUCUUGUUUUCGUCAGAAGGCCCAUCGCUUUUAUUUGUCUCCCCUCAGCUUCUUCGCUUUUGCCCCAUCAACAGUUCGGAGCAGCUCUCUGGUGAUACACCUCCCGCAGCCGGCCUUUGGCCUGCGCUCCUCGUCGGCUUUUUCCGUCUUUUCCUUCCGACGCAUUUCUGGAAGACUAAGCCGACGGGUUCUCCUCCUUCCUGUUACAGUCACCCUCUCUCGUUUCUCUUGUCCGACGUCCGCUGGUCGUUCUUCAUCUCGAUUGUUGUUUCCUCACUGAAGUUCCUCGUCCUGCGGUCUCUGUAUCUCGCGCUUUUGAUUUCCAGCGGACGAUUCUCGAAUCCUUUCGUCUUCUUCGCUCCCAUGCUCUGUGGCAACUCAGUGUCUGGUUCCUGCCGCCAGCUUGCUGCUUUCCUACCGAGCGACCUUGAAAAGGAAAAUGGACUUCUCGUCUUUGGGUAUUUUCCUCGUCACCAGUGAAGGCACGCUCUCCUCUUGGGGGUCUUGCGGCGGGGCAUAGACAUCGGCCUGCUCCACAUCCUCUGUUCCAUUUCGCUUGCUUUUUGCUGCACGCUGUUCCUCGAAACUACGUGGAUCCUGGCGGGGCUCUCCGUGGAUGAAGAUUCGUCGUUCCCGCAUUUCCUGCUGGACAGAGAAGCGAUCACGCACGGCGAAGGUCUGCAAUGUAACGGUUAAGACCGGGGACUCUGUGGUGGCAGAGGAUUCGUUUCUCGCUACCGCUGCAGACAGCGCCAGGGACAACGCAGGACUGUGGUUUUUCGCUCUUCCGUCACACUGCCGCGAUGCUGUCCAUCGAACAACUGCAUGCGCAUACCUGCGCCGAGCUGGUGGGAAUGUGUCGAGAGCUGGGGCUACCGCACUCGGGCAGAAGAAAGCAAGUCCUUGUUCAAGCGCUCUACGACUACCAACGGUCGAACGGCGGGAUUCCCCCUCAUCUGGUCAGCCGCUUUUCCGGACGAAGCUCGCAUGCAAGGUUCUCGCAAACCCAGCACGCAGUCAGGGCGCAAGCUGCUCACCAUGGCCACGCAAAUGCGUCGACCCAUGGGUACAUUCCUCCGUACUCCUCGUCGCAGAACUACAAUGCUUCCUCGAUGAAUUUCCCUCCUGCGACUCACAGCCACACCUCUGCUGCCUACACUCCGCCCGGGCAACCGCGCCACCAGCCGCUUCUCAGCAGCGACCCCGUCGCGUCGCUCAUGCGCUCGCAGAGGCCGUUCGCAAAUGCAAGCCCCGCGACAGCUUCCGAGGGAUUGCAUGCGCGCACCGGGGACAGAGUGCCCUUUCCAGGAUCGGGAAAAGGCUCCGCACAAAAGCACGCGGACUUCGUCACAGAUGUCGGAAACGGACCCUUCGCCCACUGUCUCUGUCGAGGGAAUGCAGGAACGAGUUGCCGCAAAGGCCUAAACGCAACUCUCACCUGCACCACGUGCCACACACUGAGUCAUGCAGGGUGCUACCCAGCAGAUUACUCAACGCAGAACUUCGUUUGCUCCCUGUGUCGAAUGAAACGUCUUGAUCCUUUCUUCCCCGUUGCGGAAGUAUUGUGGGACUGCCGCUUGGAGCUGAGUCACUACUCGGUCGAACUCAACACACAGAAUCUGCGAAAGUGGCGAGCAGACGGGAAAGAGGUGAUUGUCCGUUGCAUGCAAGUGGAUCUGCAGCCUCUCUAUCAGUCGUGGCCCAAGACGAUGAACAUCAUCAUCAACGGCAGAGUGGAGGAGACUGUCGCUGCGCCUUCCUGGGAGCACAAGCGAAGAGAUAUGCCGAUUCCUAUUACUCACUAUCUGAAGAACAGUCGAAACCGAGUUGAAUUCAGUUGGACGAACUACGACGAACCGCAAAUGUUUCACCUCGGUGUCUUUCUGUGUGACUCAAAGUCUCCAGAAACGCUGGCAAACCAAGUGUGGCAGAGCGGUCAGGUGAAAGAAGCAGAGGCAGAGAAACGGGUGCUGGCGAUCAUCAACAACAGAACAGGAAACGCAGCAAAGUCUGACGACUCAGACGACGACGACGUUAUGUGUCUCGAAGUCACGCGUCGCAUCAAACUGCUUUGCCCAGUGACGUUCACGCGGAUAGAAGUCCCCUGCCGAGGUCGGGCGUGCAUGCAUCUGCAGUGCUACGACUUAUCUGGAUAUCUUUUGGUGACAAGAAACACAAAGGCGUUCAACACGCGGUGGAAAUGCCCGGAGUGCCAUCUCUACGUUCGUCCAGACGAGCUCGUCAUCGACGGCUUCGUCCAGAAGAUUCUGUCUGGCACCGAGGAAGAAGCCUCCGUCGUCGAACUGCAGCCCGACGCCUCCUACAGAGUGGUGACGGAAGAUGAGUUGAAGGAAGAAUCUAAGCGAGCGGAGAAGCAGCGGCAACUGGCCUCGGGUGGGCAGGCCGGUGCCAGCUCUCCAGAAGGCGACGUCAAGGCAUCGCAAGAUGGACCGGCGAAAAAGGCCUUUGAAGUCGUCGAAAUGUUGAGCGAUUCAGACGAAGACGAAGAAGAGGCUCCUGGAAAUCAGGGAGACGCGAGUGCGACGUCUGCCAACACGCCGUCUUCAUCGUCUCCGACUGCGGUCGCGCCCGACGGCGGGCCUUCGCCUGGAGCCCAACUAGCGGAGACAUCGGGCGUCCCACCGGCGAGUGGCGAGGCCCGCGGGUCUUCUCCUUUUUCGGAGGGCAGCCAGCAAACCCAUACUGAAGAGCAGAGCGAAUGCGAGGCAACAGAAAAUAGUUCGUUGACUCCGAAAAUCCAAGAACGCUCAAGAGUUGAUGACGAUGACAACCUUCCUCAUCCUCCAAAGCGCUCGCGGCGAGUGGUGACAUCUCCGGUCUCCUCUCCAGCACCUUUUCAGCCCGACCCUGGUGUCUCUGCUUCGGAACUGUCUCUGUCGUCUCCAAAGGCUCGAAGCGCCGCCGCGGCUGUCUCCGUCUCUGGUGCGUCGCCUCAGGGCUCCAGUCAGGCGGUGGCGGCUCAGAACCCAGAGCGACAGGCUGCAGCUCUCGCAGUGUCUCUCCAGCGCCACGCACACGCGGAGCUCGUUGUCCUUUCUUCCGAUGAAGACGGAGACUCCCCUGGGGGCUCCAAGGCCUCCCGGGCCCCCGACGCGGAUGCCGCGCAAAACGGAAAUCCUGAAAAAGAGAAAAGUGCAGAACGUGAAAGUUCAGAAAGCCCAGUGGAGCCAGGGCGGGAGGAAGACGCAGAGGCAAGUGCGACAAGGAGGUCCGGCGCACCGAAGGACGCCAGGGGUCAGAACGAUGUAGAACGACCGCAAACGCUUUGUUUCAAACAGAAACAAGAGUUUCCCGACCCCGUUCCAGGCCUCUCUUCUCUGUCCUCUCCCGUCGUCUCCGGACAUGGGGCUGCUACCUCGCUUCCUCUGACUCCAGCGACUCAGUCAGCUGGACGCGGUCAGGCCUCGCCUGCGUUUCCGCUUCUCUUGGGGCAGUCUGCCGCCUGUCGGGAUACCGCAGCUCCUGGCAGUGGCGCCUUUCCGCCUCUACCAGCUUCGGUAGGCACACCAGAGGUAUCCGUGGCUGGUGCCGCUGCAGACAACCCCAUUUCAGUCUCCGACUCAAGUGAAGAAGAAGAGUGUGGGGAGGAGAGGACUGUUCACCGCGAGGAGAGCUCCGAAGGUGGGGACGGUCCGAACGAAUAUUCCUGCAACUCAACGCGCCCUGACACGAGUGCUGUCCCAAGCAGCGACUCACGGACCGCGCCCUCCCCCUUUUCUGGACGUAAACCUGACGCCUCCUCUCGUCCGUCGUAUUUUUGCCCUAAGACUCAGAGCCACAACUUGGUGUCUUCUCCUUUCUCUUCAGCCCCCGCCGCUGCCUCUCGCGAGGCUGCCCGAACCGAUGGGCUAGAGAGCUCAGAAGGCGAGAGAAGAGACUCAGAAGGCGAGAGAAGAGACUCAGAAGGCGACAGAGGGAGUAGAGAAUCCCGACAUGGAGGAAACCUGGUUCGUUCUCGGGUGUCUCUGCCGUCUGCGGGGGCGGUGUUCUCUGGCUAUGAAGCAGCUGGGCGCCCGGCUUCAGAAGAGUCUCCUUCUGACGGGGAGAAGGGGACUUUUGUCUCUGCUCGGAGGGGAAAGGAAGGAGAACGCGCAGGCCACACAGACGGCAGAGGGCCAGGAAUCGCGUCCGGUCGACCAGCUGCAGGAGUCCGACGCGCGAGAGCGCCAGUGGUUCCGCCGCCUCUCUUUUUGUCUCGGUCGAGUGGAAAGGGUGACGAAGGCAGGCGACAGAGGCGGCGCUCUGUAUCGGAACUCUGGCCAGGAGAAGAAAGUGAGAGACUGACAGGUCCAGCACUUGAAAGAGGAGAGACCGGAGGAGGUGCAGGUGGGAGUUCGUCUCAUCCUUGUUCAGAGGCCCAAGCGGUUACCUCGAAUGCCGCUGGAUACUCCCAGAACAGAGUUUGUUCAGCAGAGGCGGAAGGAGCGAUGGGGACGAGUCUUUCCCUCCAAGAAGACGAGGAAAGAACUCUUUCGCGACACACGUUUCCGGUUCCUCCCGGGGCUAGUGUCGGACCGCGUCUUCUGGGGUCUUUUCAACUCGGUGAAGCGUCUGAGGCUCACUCAGUCCCGCCGGGUUCGUCUUUCCCCUUUCCUUCGCCCCCACUACCCUCCCCAUCCGAGUCGCACGAUGACGGAAGAUCGGGGGCCAGUGCUGCUCUUGAUCUUCCAGCUUGUACCGCACCGGCCGAGUUUUGUCUUCGUACAGAACUGGAAGAACUGGGGCAGGAGGCGGUUGCAGGGACUCUUUCUUCACAGGCUCCCCUCUAUCCUGAAAGUGAGUGGGGACCUCUCAGUACCUCGAAUACCUCGGCUUCGUCAACGCAUCCACACCUGACUUCGCCCUCGUGCGGCCUCUUGACCCGAGCGUCUCCUGCGUCUCACAGGCUUCCAAAACCCCUGGAGGACCAGCGUACCGCCGGAGCUCCUUCUCUCUUGCCUGCCGGGACUGUCCCCAUUCUCCAGCCUCCUACGUCAGGCGAUCCUUCUCUCUCGCCUGCCGGGACUGUCUCCUUUCUCCAGCCUAUUGCCCCAGGAGCUCCUUCUCUCUCGCCUGCCGGGACUGUCUCUUUUCUCCAGCCUCUUGCCCCAGGGGCUCCUUCUUUCUCGCCUGCCGGGUCUGUCUCCUGUCUUUCGACAGGUGAGCGCCUGGGGCACGAAAAAGCCGGUGAUGGCGGGGGGAUGGCUGGAGAAGCCUUUCCGGAAGGCGCUUUUCAGAGGCAGAGCCAAGAGACCUUCCAGGAGAUCGCAGCGAAGGCUCAGACAGGCUGUCACAGGGAAACCUCGGGUGAGGCGCGAUUCGAGAAUCCAGGAAUGGAGUCCGACGGGCGUACCCAACCUUGUUUGUCUCUCCAGUCUCCUCUUUCCGAGGAUGCAGUUCAGCAUUCUUCUUCAUCCCAGCUUGUUGCUUCUCUUCCAGUUCCUUCUUCAACGCACCAUUCUUCUGGAUUUCUUUUUUCCGGAGGCGAAGGGUACACACCUGAAAUUCACACGGCGUCUGCUCCGUGCGUGGCGGGAGGAUUGUUCGGAGGCGCUUUCUUUGCGCCUGCUUCGUUUUCUUCCGCUGACGAGCAAGGCGCGGGGCUCCUCUCAGGGCAGACAAGACUGAGUGUGAGCAUCUCCGAAAACCAAGGAGAGCACAAACCUCCCGUCUCUGCAUUUUGCGGAGGUGCAGUACCUCAGGGUGUGUUUUGGCCAGAGUGGCCUUCCGGUGUGAACGUCGGCAAUUUGCCAGCGGAGAGAUCCCUCACUGCUCUCAUCGGUCCCGCGAGCGGACCCCCAUCAGCGCAGGCGGUCCUACCGCCAUCCGCUUCGUCUGCGAACUGUCUUUUGCCUUGCGCGGCCUCUUCGGCAGCGCAGCCUGGGCGCUUCCAGUCGUGGGAGGGAAAUCUGCAAGGCGCGGACGGGACUCUCACGCGGCCAGCUGGCCCUGUCGGGUGGGCGGAGGAGGGAGAGACGAGGGGGGUGUCUGGAGAAGGAGUUUGCGUGUCUUCCCAGGGACAUCCAGUGCCUGUCCGGAGUUUUCCUGGCGGGCCUGAGGGUUCUGGGUCUCUGGAGGUGCCGGGCGGGUCUUCUAGCGGGGACCCAGGAAGGGCGCUCGAGCAAGAGCGAAGAGGCAAUUAGAAAGCAACGAUGCGGAAAUGCGACUUUGUUUUUUCGAGGACGCGCGAUUCAGCGGCGACAUGAAUGGGGAGCUGCGACGUUAAGAAACGUAGGGCGUUCGGCAGGGGUCAACGGGCAGCGGAUUCACGCAAAUGUCGCACAAGCACUUACCUCGUUCUUACUCCUCAGGGAAACAGUGCAAGCUGCGAAGAAAGAACGGGGGGCGCCAGUGGCGCAGGCGAACGUCACGGUACGAAUUCGGUGAGGAAAGGGAGAUCGAGAGUCGCAGACGGCUUUGGUGCAGGGUGGAGGAAAGGUCCCAAACGUGGGAUUGGAGAAAGGAGGUUUGUAACGGCGGUUGCACCCUAGAAACGCAUUUGUCCCGCUGGCACGACGCGUUGGAGGCAGGCAGUGACCAUUAGAGUAAGGAGCUGUAAAACGGGACUGAGAAAAAGGAUGGAGACAGGAGAGCAGGUCAAGAUUCUUCAGUGAUACAUCGAGCGGGCGGGGAAACGGUAAACUGCGAUGUUUUUUUUUCUGUCGAGCACACGCAGUGCGACAGAAACGGACGACGUCGAGUGACUAGGGGGCGAGGAGUUGAGGAAAAGCAGUGGGAACCCGAUUCGUUGAGUUUGGAUUUCGGCAACCGCAGAACAAAGUGAGUUUUGCGUGGAAGAAAAGCUGAACAUGGAGAUGAAGCGGUGCAGAAGAAAAAACAGUUUCCUUGUCUGGGGAUGCUUUGUGUGUCAGUGGUGUCUUCGUCCUGCGGGGGUUUUCGCAAAGACUUCCAGUCUCGGGAAUUUCCAGAACGUGGAUCUAAAAAAGCGGGGCUUGUAUGAUUUUUCCUCUGGAGUUCGAUAAACACUGGCUCGACUCUCUUCUGCAGAGCAUCCUCUUUCGUGUGGUGGUUCGGGGGCUACAUCGGGACAGGGCUUUUCGUCAAAGCACGUGUUCCCUGCUGCUGGUCAAAAGACCCAGUGGCAGUGGCUUCCACUCAACGAAAGGACUCGUCUCUCUCUUGUCCUUUUCCUUCGCGCUUGUCACGUCUGUUUUUUUUAAAGUCCGCUGGAUUCCGGUGGACCUAAUGUACUCAAGACGAAGAUCAUGAAAAGCACACUAGAACUUGAAUCCGGUAAACAAAGACCGAC